AUGACAUACUCGCCGUUCAGCCAGCCGCAGCCGUCUUCACAGGGCCACGAGGCAGGCCAUGGGCAUGUGCAUGGACACCUGCAUGGGCAGUCUAGUUCUAGUUCGGGAUCUAACGCGAAUGGAGGGCUGGAGAUGCGCCAAAUGGCGGCUUCGCCAGUUGGGGAGUCGCUUUCUCCGGUUUCUGAUCUUUCGUACCAGGCAAGCUCGAGACAGAACACGAUGUGGUCUGACCAGGGCUCGCAGUGGGAGGUGCAGCAGCAGCAUCCCGGCCAGCAUAACCACCAGAAUCAACAGCAGCAGCAGCAGCAACAUUUACAGUAUCAGCAUCAUCAUCAUCAUCAUCAGCAGCAACAACAACAACAGCAACAGGGCCUCCAGUACCAACAGCAGGGGCUCCCAUACCAGCAAGGUAUGCAACCAGGCAUGCAGUAUCAGCAACACCAGCAACACCAGCAUCCUCACCAGGGGUCCCAGGGCCACCAGUUCUCCUUCUCGAACCACAUCAUAAGCCCGGUUAUGGGGUCCACGGGCAUGGGCAUGUCCGACAUGUCUUUGAUACGCUUGCCUUCGCAAGAGUACAUGGAGUACCCGCCGCUCUCUUCUGGAUCUUCCGAGUUUCUCUCGCCAAGACCCAUUAGCGUCGUGGCAGCGCAGCCAGAGCGCGAGGAAAAGCCUUCCUCCGUGAACCUACUCGCGCAGUUCACUGCAGAGGCAAACAUGCCUCUCUCGCUUCAAUCCGGCCAGCUGAACAACCCAAGAGACUUCACCACGGCCCCUUCUAGGACCGUGUAUUUGGGGAACAUCCCAUCCACGAUUACGUACAAGGCAUUGCUCGACUAUGUGCGCACAGGUGUCGUCGAAGAAGUGAAGAUCCUUCCAGAGAAGAUGUGCGCAUUCGUCUCGUUUGUCGACGAGAACGAUGCCCUUCUCUUCCACUCGGACGCGAUCUUGAAGCGUUUGAACAUCGACGGCCGCGAUAUCAAAAUCGGCUGGGGUAAACCGCAGCCAAUAGACCCCAUCGUUCGCGCUGGGAUCUCCAACGACGGCGCAACAAGAAACGUCUACAUCGGUAAACUAAACACAAACAAGGAUCUCUGCGAGAAGUGGGGCGCAGACCCUAAGGAAGUAGUCAUCACCAAGGAAAAACUAUUGGAAGACUUGUCCCAGUUUGGCGAAAUCGAAUCUAUCAAAUUGGUCGAAGAUAGAGGCAUUGCAUUCGUUCAUUUCACUUCUGUUUUCUCAGCUAUCAAAGCAGUGGCAAACAUCGGAUCCAUCGAUCCAUAUUAUUCAAACAAGAAGGUAUUCUACGGUAAGGAUAGAUGUGCAUUUAUUACCAAAACUCAACAACACAACGUUGCCCAGUUUCUCGGCAUACAACCAGGAAUGGAAGCUCUAAUGGAAAACAACAGAGAGCUCAUCUCCCAAACGUUACUACAACAAUCCGCAGCAGCAGCAGCCAUCGCAACUUCCGCCGGGGGAGCCAACAACUUGGGCAACCGUACCGUGUACCUCGGUAACUUGCCCAAAAAUGUGAAGCUUGAAGAAAUCUGUAACGCCAUUCGCGGAGGAUUGUUGCAAAAUAUCAAGCUCUUGAACGACCGCCACGUCUGCUUUGUUACUUUCAUCGACCCAACUGCUGCCGCACAAUUUUAUGCUAUGAGUUCUUUACAUGGAUUAACCAUUCACAACAAGCGUUGUAAAAUUGGUUGGGGCAAACACUCGGGCCCUCUUCCAAACCUAAUCGCAUUAGCUGUUUCUAGAGGUGCUUCCCGUAAUAUCUACUUGGGGAACAUCAACUUCGAAGAGGAUUCAAAGCUUGAAGAACCAAUCUUCACCGAAGAUGCUUUGAGAUCCAUCUUCGAAGAAUUUGGAACCGUCGAACAAAUUAAUUUCUUGUACGAAAAGAACUGCUGUUUCAUCAACUUUGCUAACAUUAGUAACGCUAUUCUGGCCAUUGACAAAAUCAAGUCCAAUCCUCAUUUCAAAAAUCUGAAGAUUAACUUCGGUAAGGAUAGAUGUGGUAACGUUCCAAGGCAGUUGUAA